AGUCAGACCAUAUAAACAGCUUUAUCUAUUGGUUUUUUUUUUACUUUUCCCUGCUACCCUCUCCCUUCUAUCUUUUUUCUCUGAAAAAACUAUUUCCCCAAAGACUUUCAAACAAAGCUUUGGAAAAAUCUCCUCUCUCUGUCUCUCAUAUAUCUGUUUUGCUUUUGAUUAUUUUUUUCAUGCUUUUGCUUCUUUAACUUUAUCUGUUUAUGUAAAUAGUAUAAGUAAAACCCUGCACAUAUAGCAGAGGAGGGUGGUGCAGAAAGCCUUGUGUCUCAGAUCCCGAUAUACUGAUUCUCUCUUACACCAUUAACGAGAAAAAAGAAACUUUGUUUUCCCUUUCCUUCUCUCUCUUUCUUUUCCAUUAAAAACGUUCAAAGAAAUACUAGCCUCGGCUUAGUUCACUUCACUCUCAAGCACAAGGGUCUUUCUUUGUGGUCCUUUACUGCUACAUCGUUUCUUUUGUAACCCUCUUUUUUGUUCUUCAGUCCUUAAUAUACUUUCCCUUUAGUACUUUGUAUUAUAUACUUGGGUCUAUACUCGUUAGUGGUUCCAAGAAAUGCAAGAACCAGGGUUAGGCAUGAUGAGUAGUGGUGGGAGUGGUGCAAUUGGAGGGUUAAACAGCGGUGAAGUGUCUGUUUCCGGUGACCAGAAUCGUCAGCUCAAGGCUGAGAUAGCUACUCAUCCGCUUUAUGAGCAGCUUUUGGCAGCUCAUGUUUCUUGUCUCCGUGUUGCUACACCAAUUGAUCAGUUCCCAUUGAUCGAUGCUCAGUUAGAACAGUCUCAUAAUCUUCUUAGGUCAUAUGCUUCACAACAUCACCAACACGGUCACUGCUUAUCAUCCCAUGAGAGACAGGAGCUUGACAACUUCUUGUCACAUUAUUUGAUAGUGCUGUGUACGUUCAAAGAACAGCUUCAACAACAUGUCAGAAUCCAUGCCGUUGAAGCUGUCAUGGCUUGCCGUGAAAUAGAAAAUAACUUACAAGCUCUCACUGGAGUAACCUUGGCUGAAGGUACAGGUGCAACAAUGUCAGAUGAUGAGGAUGAGCUGCAAAUGAACUUCUCUUUGGAUCAACCUGGUGCUGAUGGGCAUGACUUAAUGGGUUUUGGUCCCCUACUUCCUACUGAAUCUGAAAGGUCUUUGAUGGAGAGGGUUCGGCAGGAGCUGAAGAUUGAACUGAAACAGGGCUUCAAAUCAAAAAUUGAAGAUGUGAGGGAGGAAAUUCUACGAAAAAGAAGGGCUGGAAAAUUACCAGGUGACACAACUACAGUGCUGAAGAACUGGUGGCAGCAACAUUCAAAGUGGCCAUAUCCAACUGAAGAUGACAAGGCCAAACUUGUGGAAGAGACAGGAUUGCAGCUAAAGCAAAUCAACAACUGGUUCAUCAACCAAAGGAAGCGCAACUGGCAUAGCAACUCUCAAUCUGUGACCUCCUUAAAGUCCAAGCGGAAAAGGUAGACAAUAAAUUCCGUGAGGAAUGCAGAAGAAGAAAGUUUCAACACGCUGAUGUUAGUAUAGCUAUUACGUGACCUCUUGGGGUAAAUAGCUGUGGGCUAACAUUUUGAGAAGGUGCUGAAAAGAAUCUGGGAAGUUGGAUGAUUUCAAAAACCAAAUACAGGUUGUAAUAGGAUGAGUUUUAUAUGGCUUACAUGUUUGUAGAUUCAAGUUUCUAACAAAAUAAACAAACUUCCUGUCAGAUAUUUUUUUAUUGAGGUGUCUCUAAUUUCUAAUAUUCCUGAAUCGAGAAUUUACUAGUUGAAAUGCGAGUCAUUGCCACAAUUCCAGACUCAGAAUUAGAGACAAUGCAUGAAUGGGCCCCAAAACUGAUUUUCUUUAUUAAAAUAGGCUAUCCAAAAUAUUCCUUUAUUUUUCUAGGCCUCGCGAUAAUUUUAAAACAGGCGGGUAAUGAAGUCCUGCGCUUAAAAAUAUUUUAGUUUUCAAUGUACAAGAGUUUCAGAAUUCUAACUUAGCCAU